AUGGCCAUGGGUGGGAGAAGAGCACAUUAUGUGCGUUUAUACGAGAUCUCUCUCCUGGACGCCUUUCAUAAGCAACCUUCUGCAUAUAAAAAGUUUUAUGAACUUAUUAACGAUACCAAGGAACGUAGAGUCAGUCCACGAGAUAGCUUGAUAAAGGUGGAAGAAAUCGUGAAAGAUUACCCCAAGUUGAUUCUUGGUUUUAGUGUCUUCGCUACCGGAGUUUACAGAGGAAUCCUUGAUAGUGAUGACGAGGCUAACAAAGGGUUAGGCCAGUUUCAGACCACUCAAACCAUGGUUGGCAAAAGAGUUGCACCAUCACCAUCACAAUCAUCAUCACCAACUAUGGAUUAUGCGCUCAGAUACAUGAUUUCUGUGGAAGAAGCAUUUUUUAAUGAACCCGCCAAAUAUGACGAGUUUGUCAGGCUAAUGCUUUUAUCUCAGACAAUCGGUGAAAGUAUUGCAAUCGCAAAGGUGGAAAAACUCACGAAAGACCACCGGAAUCUACUUGUGGGGUUCAGUGUCUUCCUUUCAGAGGAAAAUAAGAUGAGCUUCUUCCCAAACAAAAGAAUACGUACUCAUGAGUCUCAUGGAGCGGAGGAUUUCACCAACAAGCGUAAGACAAGGUCACAGGGCCUCCGUGAUGCUAUUGCAGCUGCACAAGCGGAUUUCGCUUUGUGA